CUCUCCAUCAAACCCCAGAGUCCUGCUGCAGUCUACAGCUGUGUAACGGUUCUUUCUUUUUAGUGUCCUCUCUUGACCAGCAGACAGCCAUCAUGUCUAUCGUCAGACAAACCCGCACUUACACAUCAAGUGUUGCUCCCCAGAAGGCCCACAGUGUGUCGGGAUUCAGCCUCAGAUCUACACCUCGCAUCGCUGCUUCCAGUGCACGUUUUGUGUCCUCAUCAGGCGGCAUGGGGUUUGGUGGCAGCCUGGGCAUGGGUGGCGGUGGCUUUGACCUGUCAGGCGCCCUGGACCAGGGAACAGUGCGCCUGAACGAGAAGGCCACCAUGCAGAACCUGAAUGAUCGUCUGGCCUCCUACCUUGAGAAGGUCCGCUCUCUGGAGGCAGCCAAUGCCAAGCUGGAGAAGCAGAUCAGAGAGUACUAUGAGAAGAAGGGACCAGCAGCUGAGAAGGACUACAGCAAAUACUGGGACAUCAUCAAUGGCCUGAGGGACAAGAUCCAUGCCGCCACAAUGGAAAAUGCCAACAUCCUGCUCCAGAUUGAUAACUCCAAACUGGCUGCUGAUGACUUCAGGACCAAAUUUGAGCAUGAGCUGAUGAUGCGCCAGUCAGUUGAGGCUGACAUUGCCAACCUCCGCCGCCUGCUCGACCAGACCACCCUGACAAAGGCUGACCUGGAGAUGCAGAUCGAAGGCCUGCAAGAUGAGCUGGCCUACCUGAAGAAGAAUCAUGCAGAGGAGCUGGCAGCACUGCGUUCUCAGCUCACAGGCAAUGUCAACGUGGAGGUAGAUGCCGCACCUCAGCAAGACCUGAACAAAGUUAUGGAGGAGAUCCGUGCACAGUAUGAAGCAAUUACUGAUAAACAUCGUCGCGAUCAGGAAGCCUGGUUUAAUGACAAGUCGGCAACCCUGACAAAAGAGAUAACCAUCCACACAGAGACAAUCCAGACGUCCAAGACAGAGAUCAGUGACCUACGGCGAACACUGCAGGGCUUGGAGAUUGAGCUGCAGUCUCAGCUUAGUAUGAAAGGGGCUCUGGAGAACACGUUAGCAGAGACAGAGGCUCGCUACAGCUCCAUGCUCGCCGGCUUCCAGAGCCAAAUCAACAUGCUUGAAGGAGAGGUAGCCAACGUUCGUGCCAGCAUUGAGCAACAGGGCCAGGACUACAAGAUGCUGCUGGAUAUCAAGUCAAGGCUGGAGCAGGAAAUUGCAACCUACAGGAGCCUGUUGGAAUCAGAAGAGUCCAGAUAGACACAGGGGGCUCAAGUACCACAGUCACAACCACCACUGUGCGCACUUCCAGCAAGGAGCUCCAGCUGGCAGGACAAGCUGUUCUUAGACACACGCACACUCAUACACACAUACUCCCACAAGUGAAAGCUAUUAAAUGAGAGGAAACUGUACUGAAAAAUGUUGAAAAAAAACCUGUUUAAGAGUUCACGAUCCAAGUUUGCAAAUCAGAAAACGAAAUUCCUGAUGUACUGUGUGUGUUUGUGUGUGAUGUCUCUGAAAAAUAAAUCUGCCAGUGAAUAUAAGA